AUGUUGGAUCAGGAUCACACUGGAGAUGCUCGCGGAUACGCCCCCAGUGUCUCCAACCCCAAUUAUCCUGUCUGGCGCAAUGUGCAGGACUACGAUGCAAAAGCGGAUGGCUCUGGUGACCAAACCGGCAACAUCCAGAAUGCUAUUAACGACAAUGGGUCCCAUGGCCAACGUUCUGGUGUCACCCAAUACCCUGCUGAGGUUUUCCUUCCUGGAGGAACCUACCAGCUGGGGAGCACCCUGAAGCUGCGGGUCGGUACUGUCAUCACCGGUGAUCCACUUAACCCGCCUGUGCUGAAAGCGUCAUCUGGGUUUAAUGGCAAUCUCCUCAUCAAUGGCUCCGACGCUGAUUAUCAACCCGAGACCACUUUCAUGACUCUCUUGCGCAAUGUGGUUAUCGAUACUACUGCCAUUGACGCUGGUACAGAGAUUACUGCUCUGCAAUGGGGUGUUGCCCAGGGCUCUGGAUUGACAAAUGUCAAGAUUAACAUGCCUGAUUCUUCUACUGGACACACUGGUAUCGACCUGAAGGGCGGUUCGACUAUCGCAGUUACCGAUGUCCAAAUUACCGGUGGUAAAGUGGGCAUCAAGAACUCUAACCAGCAAGUGAACUUCAAAAACAUCUACUUCAAGGACUGCACGACCGCCUUUGAAGCCACUGGAGGAUGGACUGCUCUUCUCCAGGGUGCCACAUUUGACACUGUCGGCUUGGGCAUCGACAUGAGCGGCAAUCGGUUGGGAAGCGUUGUGCUGCUUGAUUCCAACUCCACCAAUUCCGGCACUGUCGUCAAGUUCCAUGACUCUUCCAAUGAUAGCGGAAACCGCAACAGCCAGAUCGUCAUCCAGAAUCUGGUCCACGACACCACAAACGAUAUUGCUGUCGAUAGCAAUAACAACGUCAAGCUUGCCGCUACCGACAAGGUCGACACCUGGGUCUGGGGAAACGUGACUCCCGGCCAAUACGAAACAGGAUCGAACUUCACCACCAGCCGCCCAGAUGUGCUGUUGUCGAACGGGAAAUACUUCACUCGCGCCCAGCCCACCUAUGCGGAAUAUGCUUCCGACCAGGUCGUCAACGUCAAAAGUGUCAGCGCUCACCCGGUCAAGGGUGAUGGAUCCACUGACGACGUGGAGUCGUUGAAUGCCAUUCUUGCCGAUAAUGCUGCCAACUGCAAAAUUACCUACUUCCCCUACGGUGUGUACGUCGUGAAGGAUACUCUAAAGGUCCCUAUCAACUCGCGCAUUGCAGGUGAAGCCUGGGCUGUCAUCACCGCCAUGGGCGAUGCAUUCAAGGAUUCCAAGAACCCGAAGACCGUUGUUCAGCUGGGUGAGGCGGGUGAUACUGGUGUCCUCGAAGUCCAGGACAUUCGAUUCAGUGUCGGCGAGGUUCUGCCCGGAGCCAAAAUCCUCGAGAUCAAUGCGGCGGGCACGAACCCCGGCGACGUAGCCCUAUGGAACACCAUGGUGACUGUCGGCGGGACUGUGGAGACGAGCGUGAAAGACGACUGUGACCAACAGGAUGUCUCCCAGUGCAUGGCUGCUUACCUCAUGGUCCACCUCACGGACUCGUCUUCUGUGUACAUUGAGAAUUUUUGGGGCUGGACCGCGGACCAUAACUUGGACGGUGGAUCCGAUUACACCGUGAUCUCUACUGGCCGCGGCGUUCUCGUCGAGGCAACCAAGGGCACGUGGUUGACAGGAACCGGCUCCGAGCACAACUGGCUCUACAAUUACAACUUCCACUCUGCACAGAACGUCUACGCGGGAAUGUUGCAGACCGAGACUCCCUACAUGCAAGGUGACGGUGCCUCGCAGCUUGCUCCCGCCCCCUGGUCUGCCGAUUCUGCGAUCGGUGACCCGGAUUUCUCCUGGUGUGACGGCGGCGAUGGCAAGUGUCGGUCGUCGCUGGCCACCAACGUGGAAGGUGGCAAGGAUGUCCUUCUCUACAACAGCGCUGCAUGGGCGUUUUUCAAUGGUCCUUGGACUGGAGAUUACGGUCCUCAGUGCGAUGGCGAUUGUCAAACCAACAUGAUGCGGGUGGCUAGCAGUCCUGAUAACCUUGUUUGGUACUCUAUCAGCACUCGAAAGACUGAGGUGAUGGUUCUUGACGGAGAGUCGAACCCUAAUUCGGAAAACCACCCCGGUGGGUGGGGCGCGAUUGACCAGGCUUACCGACAGUUUUCCUCCUGA